UUUUGAAUAAUUCUGAGGUAUGCAUAGUUGGUAGUAGCAGUUAUACAACAUAAUAGAGAAAUGUUUAAAUGCAGUCUCGCUUGUAUACAGUGCAUGUUUAAACAUGAUCAGAAGAUUGGAUCAAGUACCAAGGCUCAAUCUAAUGAUGCAUUUCAUCUUAUUCUUUACCACCACAAGUAUCAUGUAUAAAUUAUCUCAUAAAACGCGCCUCAGUAUUACCACGAAUCAUGUUUUGCAAAACCAGAGUUAGUUCUUUUCAUAAAUGCAAAUGACUGUGAACUAUAAAUAACAUUUAGUUCAUCAAAGAACUCACAGUUUUAUAAUGUUCAGCAUUCAUAUACGUCAACCAUUCAAUCGGUUAUAUUAUCUGAAGAAAUUUAAAUGGGCUUCAUGCUUUUUCAUUUUCAAAUAAAUAGCAUACUUUAUGGUAGCAGUAUUCCUUAACAGUGUUUCACAUUCGAAAUACAGUAUUGAAAAAGAUUUCUACAGAGGAAAUUCUGUCGACCGUCAUGUAAAUCAAACAAGGAAAUCAUUAAAGAUGUUAAAUAAAAAUGUCAGUAAAUUUUAUAAAUACUUAUUUACACCAAAUACAGUACAUAUUAAAACAAUACUAACACCAUUAAAUAACUGCGAUAAGGUGACACAAACAAAUACAACAAAUAUUCUAGUUUUUGUUAAAUCAACAGCUAAUGAGUUCGACUUACGCCAAUCAGUGCGUGCUACAUGGGCUAACUCUCAAUGCUUCACAAGAUAUGGUAUAAAAGCAUACAUUUACUUUACAUUAGGCAGAGGAAAUUCAUCAAACUGGAAUGAAUCCUUAAUGCAGUAUAGAAUUUUACUUGAAUCUAAGCAAUAUCAAGAUAUUCUACAGUUUGAUUUCGUUGAAAGUUACUACAAUUUAACACGGAAAUUGAUUGGAACUAUUCAAUAUGCUACAUUCCAUUGUUUUACGUCGAAAUUCAUUGUACUAAUUGAUCAUGAUUUUAUUGUGAAUCCAGUGAAUUUAGCGAAAUUCCUUUUAAACAUCAGUGAUGCACAAUAUCCAAGAUAUGUUGCUGGUCAUGUGAUUAAAAAUGCUAAACCAUUUCGUACAAAUAAAAGCAAAUGGUUUAUCUCAAAAACAGUCUUUCCUUUCAAUUCUUAUCCAAGCUAUCCUCUUGGUGGGACAAUUAUUUUUAGUCGUCCAGUUAUAAGUGAAUUGAAUAAAAAACUAAUUCAUAUGAAGUUAUUUCCAUUCGAUGAUGUAUUACUCGGCAUAGUAUUACAAAAAAUGAAAAUACCAAUCUUUUUUAUUAAAAAUAUUUUUCUGUCAAAAUAUCCGUUGGAUUUUAGAAGACAAUUUCUUACGGCACAAACAAACGGUGUUCCAAGUAUAAUGGUGAAUACAUGGAAAUCUCUACGAUUUACUGAUAUGUGUAUACCAUAAAAAUAAUAGAUUAGAUACUAAUCUUUCAAACUUGUGUCUACAGUGAACUGGGUAUUUGAUGAUAUAUUUCAGACUGAGUCAGGCAUGACUGGUACAUUUCGUAAACCAAAUAAAUUAUAAUUGUAUUUCAAUAGUUUACACACAAUGAUAAGUUUUCAUUUUCGGUAGUAUUUCGAGCAAAAUUGCUGCAUGUGAUGACACAAACUGUUAGAACUGUUUUUUUAAAUUCACACUUUUGUGAUUUGUACUCAUAUAUACAUAGUUCAUCUUUUGUCCAUUCAUUUUUUGUGCAUCCAGAAUUAUAUUCCAGGUUGUUGUCACUUGUGCUGAGUCACUCUUGUUACAUACAUUCAGCGUGACCAUAAUGAAUAUCGAUUCUGUUGGUAGUCUCUCUUUCCAUUUGUUCAUAUUAGAUUUCAGAAUACAAAGUGAUCCAAUCAUUAUUGUGGUUUUUGUCCGAUGCAUGUACAGUUAUAAACGAAUUUUUCUCAAUUGUUUAGUUAGAGGAUCUCAUCAUGAGCUGACAUCGGUUAGAGAACCAUUGGAAAACCAGCUGGGAGUACUGCACAGCUGUUUCCUCCUCUUCUAUACAAUCAAACGAAAUCCCUACAAAACCACUACUUUCUAAAUUAUUUUAAACUUGUGUUUCUGUGGGAUGACAUUUAGUGAAGCAUUUAUGUUCAUUCACUCUUAUUUGGAGUGAUUAAGACGUUUGAUCCAAAAACAAAAUCUUAUUGUGUGUAAACAACUGAAAUAUAAUUAUAAUUUUUAUGAUUUAUUCCACAAUGCUCAAACUUUUUACUGACUUUAAUGUAAAGUAUAUGUUUUCGUGUUGUUUAGUUAUGAAUCAAGAAUGCUGAAAUAUUGAUUUAUUUUAAUUAUCACAGCACAACACUAAAUAAUUCUCAAAAGACUCUUUGCUGAGGAGAAGAAAGACGUUCAAAAUAUUUCUUCUUUAUUUAGCCCGAAAAUGCAAAAUAUAAGAAGCUAUUGUAUGCCUUACUUUAGUAAAGACUACAAAUUUGAAAAAUGGCUUUGUACUGGAGUUGAAUAUUUUGUUUCGAAUACCAAAAAAGUGUUUUAAUUCAAAAGGAGACGAUAGUUAAGUGGUUGUACUAAAGCAAAAAUGUUUACCAGCGAUACCUGAUAAUUUAUUAAUGAUCAUUUCUUCAACAAAG